CACCCUAUUCUCUCUCCUGCUUGUUCUUUCCCUCACCACCGCUCCCACUCGACCACCACCGCCGUCAAGACCCCAUCCCGCACUCUUCCCCCGCCACCAGCGUAUCCUUUUCCACGACAACGAAAAUGCCCAAAUCAACCCACCAGACCCGCUGACGCCUCCUCGCCCGCCCUCCUUAGCCUACCUCAUUUCGGGAUCCGUCAAUGAUUCGGGUCGGAUCCUUCGGCUUCUCUACUCGGUCUACCACCCGAGAAACCAGUACUUGCUCCACCUUGACCGCUCUGCUGGACAGACUGAGCGUGAUACAUUGGCUGUAACUGUACAAUCGGUGGCGCUCUUCAGGGCUGCACAGAAUGUUCAUGUUGUCGGCAAGGCGGAUUAUGUGUUCUCCAGUGGGCCAUCUGCUCUUUCAUCCACACUUCACGGCGCGUCUUUGUUGCUCCGUAUCUCGUCUAAUUGGGAUUGGUUCAUAAAUCUUUCUGCUGCUGAUUACCCGCUUAUCACUCAAGAUGAUCUUUUGCACAUUUUUUCGUAUCUGCCUAGAGAUCUUAAUUUUGUGAAUCACACAAGCUAUAUUGGUUGGAGAGAAUCAAAGAAAUUGAAGCCAAUAAUAGUUGAUCCAGCGCUCUUUCUUGCAGAAAACAGCGAGAUGUUUUUUGCCACUCAAGAGAGACCACUCCCAGACGCAUAUCGUUUGUUCACAGGUUCAUCAACGCCUGUUUUGAGUCGCAAGUUUGUCGAGUUUUGCAUCUUGGGUACGGACAACCUACCAAGAACUCUUCUAAUGUACCUUUCCAACACUCCAGCAUCAACUUCCGUUUACUUCCCGACCGUUCUGUGCAAUUCCCCUCGAUUCAACCGAACUACAAUCAACCACAGCUUUUGUUAUGCUUCUCUAGAUGCCAGACGGCGUCCGUCCUUUCUGAAUUCCAGCAACUUUGAUGAACUGAUCCAGAGCGGAGCGGCCUUUGCUUCACCAUUUCAGGUAAACGAUCCGGUUCUUGAUCACAUUGACCAAGAAGUCCUCCAGCGAAGUCCUGGCAAACCGGUGCCCUCUGGGUGGUGCUUAGGUGAUUCUGGUGAAGAUGAAUGCUCCGUUUGGGGGGAUGCUGACGUUCUGAAACCAGGUCCGGGAGCUAAACGCCUCGAACGACGUCUCAUUGAACUUCUGUCAAAAGGAAGGACUCAGUGUAUAGAUGAAUGAUUUCAAGAUUUUGGGCGGUAGUAGAUACGAUGAUAACGUUGUUAGAGCUGUCGAUAUGACUGAGGAAUAUUGUAGGCAAGUCCAUCCCGGAGAAGCCGAUUUUGAAAUGGUGUUGUGAAUUUAUGGGGCUAGCCUAUCCUUCCGUAGUGAUCCUGAUUGUUGUAUCCUUAGCUCAACAGAAAAUUUUACUGUACAUUUGCAACAUAGUUGUUAUAUGAGCAAUCUUUGAAAUCAAAUUAAUGCAGUAAAAUAUGGGCAAGAGAGCUUGCAUUCUUUUUA